GAAUCACUGUAAUACGUACUGUAUGCACAACGUAAUGCGAUACGUAAUUUUUUUCUUAUGAUAUAAUGCACUUGGACAAUAUGCACUUAAUUAGUGUUACCGGUUGGCUUUUUGUACACGUGUGUGUGCGUGCAACAUCUUAAAUUUCAUACAAAAAGAUGCAGAAGGAUUUAUUCACGUUUCAAAUCAUCACGGAGAUAUCUAUGCGGUAGAAAUCAAGAUUUUCGGGCGCGCCUAAAAUCUGAAUUGACUCGAAUCGUGUCUAAAUUAAUAUUCAAUCGUCCUAUCGACGUCCGAGGCGCGUAAACUUUCGAAUUUGUACUCUAUUAUGCGCAGCACGAAACUAAAUCAGAGAUUGUGAUAUAAAAAUGAUGAUAUCUAAUGUUUACUUUCAUUGGUCAAAGAGAAUAUCUGCUGAUCAAUAAUUACAUCUCUUUAACAAAGAACUUUAUUUUGAUAUAAAAACAGAAUUUUGGCAAAAAGUUAUAUUAAAAUGUCUUUUACAAUUGAAGAAAGAAAUCUGUGUAAAUCUUCUGACGAAUAUAUUCAUAUGGAACAAUUACUGCCAGUUAGAUUUGUAAGAGAAAAUGAAGAAUACAUCAUACCACAAGAUUUAACUUCUAUUAUUCCAUAUGCUACUUUAAGAAUGCGCAAUAUUACUCAAUUAUCUAAUGAAGAGUGUGCUUGUGCAAUUGCCAAUCACCUGCAAUCCAGUAGUAAAUUUAUGCAGGAUGAUCCUAUAUCAAAACGCUUCAGGAUGGAAACAUUGAAAGCAAUGCCACAUUGCCUUCCUGUAAAAAGAUUUGUAAAAUCUCAGCUAUUAGCAACUGUUAAUCAAAAGACAAAAGAAAAACCAAUUAGCUAUUGGAAAUUGUUAGGAUAUAACAUCAGUUUAAAAUUUAGAAAGAUUCGGAUAGUGGCACAGAAUUCAUUGCAAACAAUGAAGUUGUGGCAUCAAACAAUUAAAGCCAUUGAGAGUCGCAGUGGAAGUGGUAUAGCAACAUACUUCAAAUUCCUAAGAUGGCUACUAUUCCUUAAUAUAAUAUCCUGCAUUUUGAGUAUAUCCUUCAUUGUAAUUCCACAAUCACUGGAUCAAACACAUGUGCCAAACGAUGUUAAGAUACUGGACUUUUUAACAGGCAGUGGUUUUUUUGUUCGCACAAUAAUGUAUUAUGGUUUCUAUUCCAAUGGCACAGUAGAUACACCAUUUGGUACUGAAUAUAGCAUUCCAUCUGCUUAUUUCCUGACGCUGCUUUUUUGUUACAAGCUUUCAUUUAUUAUACUUUCUGUCAAAGUGAUAUCCUCCUAUAGAGAGUGUUAUGUUGAAACAAGUGGGAAAGUGCACGAUUUGUACAGUAACAUGAUAUUUUGUGGAUGGGACUGCAGUAUAUCUUCGCCAAAAACCGCUAUUAUACAGUCAGCAUCUAUUUACAAAGAAUUGGAAGAGCUGUUAGCUGAAAGGAGACAACAUGUGCCUUUACAUUGGUUCGCCAAGUGCUCGUUAAUUAUAAUGCAACUUGCUGUGACAGCUAUUGUUCUGUUUAUGAUUUGUGGCAUUGGUGCACUCGUGUGGAAGUUGUUGGAUCACUACAAUAUAGGAAAUUCUAAAUCCAUCUCAGUAAUGAUUGUACCAAUAGUGAUCACUGUUAUCAUUCAUAUCUUUCCCGCAAUUAUUUCGUAUCUAGCAUUGUUGGAACGUUACAACAACAAGCGUACAGAACUUUACAUAACAGUGGUCAGAAAUCACGCGGUUGGUGCGACGAUAUUUGGUAUCUUGUUUGCUUUCUGGUUGAUCAACAAUACAUCGAAUUGCUGGCAAACGGACUUUGGAGAAGAGAUCUAUCGACUCAUCGUGCUAGACUUUAUUGCUUCUAUAUUUGGUGCGAGUUUGCAGUUUAUACGCGCCACAUUGUACAAAAGGUUUACCACGAAGAUCGGCAGACCGGAAUUCGACAUAGCUCGCAGUACACUAAAUCUAAUAUAUAAUCAGACGCUCUUUUGGAUGGGCUUCUACUUUAGUCCCCUGAUGUCUCUUAUAAUUGUGAUAAAAUUAAUUAUCACAUUUUACAUAAAGAAAUACGAACUUGAAAGAUGUUACCAACGGCCAUCCCAGCCUUGGCGAGCGGCGCAAACGCAAACGCUGUUCCUGGCACUUGCCUUUCUCGGCAUAAUCGGGGUGUUGCUCAUCAUAGGAUACAUUAUUUCAAACGUGAAGAGCAACGGCUGUGGACCAUUUAGAAACCAUUCUUAUGCUUGGGACUUCAUUGUCGACGGAAUGUUGGCAUUGAAAAGAGAUAGUGGAUUUUGGAGCGUCGUCUCGGAACUUGCAAGACCUGUGACUGGUGCCGCUAUCUUAAUUGGCAUGUGUGUUGCGGUGUACUGUUUACGGGCAAAAGUGAAAGCUAGCAAAGAAAUGCUACAGAUUCUGUCCGAGAUGCUUCUUCUACAGUCUCAAGAUAAGCAGUUCCUUAUGAAAAGUUUCACUAAUUUCGCUAAUGAACCUUCUCGUUCUGUGACAAAUGACUCUGCUCAUAGCGGAAUUAAUCUUAUUCAACAUGCUGGACUUAUUAAACGAAACCAAAGAAAUGAAGGAAUUUCGCUUUCUCGCCGACGUAAUUUACCAUCGACCAGUUCCGAAGAAAGAUGAUUGUAUAUAGAAUAACAUACAUUAGUUUGACAAAUCAGCAAAAUAUAUUAGGAAUAUAGUUAUACAGAGUGUCCCGCAUAAAACGUGCCAAAAGAAAAAUAUAAGUAGAAUAGAUAAAAGUGAACAAAUAUUGUAGAAGUCAUUUUUCAAACAACCACGUAAAAUUUCGAAAUAUUAAUAAAAAUAUUUGGACUAAUCAGAGCGUGGCGAUACAGCAGGUGGGACAUACAGUUCGCCGCGGCCGGCGAAGAAAAUGGACGAUUGCGGGACACCCUGUAUAUAUAGAAAGUACUGACAAGUGUGCCCUCAAAAGUAUUAUUGCUUCUACGACUUGCCAAACUCAAACUAUUAUAUAUAUAGAAGAAUAUAAAUUAUAUAUUCAUAAAGAAUACUUUUAUAUACUAAUGUUUAAUAUAAAAAUUGAUAUAGUAUGUAAAAAUAUAUAAUAAUGUUUAUUGAAUUA